UCAGUCAUCGUAAUCACCAGUAACCUUUUGGUGUCCGUGUGAUCUCGUGUGGUAGAUUUUUAUUUAGCUCCGAAACCAACAAAGAUGGUUCACGACAAGUUUCGUAAUCAGCAGAGAUGGCUCUUGUUUCUACUUCAUGCACGGACCUGCAAACGUCCAGGAGUGAAGUGCCAGGGGGGAAAUUGCGUUACUGUUCAGAAGCUACUGAGUCACAUGAACAGUUGUGUAGAGCCUCAGUGUUUGUAUCCUCGUUGUCAUCGCACAAAGUCGUUGAUUAGCCACUAUACAAACUGCAAGGAUCUUCGGUGCCCCGUCUGUGUACCAGUGAGGACAUACCGUAAGCAACAAGCUAAUGAGCGUGCUUACGGUAUCAAAAGCAGUAAAGUGGACAAAGCUCGAGUAUCAAACGACUCAGUACGGGCCUCUGCUGGAGCUGGUUCUGGUGCUCCUCAUUGUGCUGAUACUUCCGAUAACUUGAAACUCCGAGAGGACAUGAGAACGCUUGUCCUCAGCGAGGUACAGAAACAGAAUCCACGUGCAGCUGAUGAUGCAUCAAAGGAGGCUUACACUAACCCAUCAACCCUCGUUUCUCGUUGGUCAAGCUUAAGAAAAAGGAUGAAAUUGAAUGAUUACAAUCUGAUUCAGCAAAAUGCCAACUCUUCUGCACCUGGGACAAUGAUAACAACCGCUCCUGAAGUUUAUGCUGAGACCACGAUGGAGAUAGAGAAGGUUCCUGAGAACAUAGAUCAGUUGGAGAUAGAGGUGGCAGAAAUUCUGAUGUCCCUGAGGGUUUAUCGCUGA